AUGUACAUCACCCUCUACUACAUAGUCACCCGGCUCCCUGACUCCCUUCGCUCGGUCAGGGACCAAUUCCUCUCUGUUUGCCCCACCACACUCACCGUUGACCUCCUCGAGGAGCGCCUCCUGGCAGCUGAGAAGAGUAUAGUCGCUGUAGGAGCCUCUAGAGGUGACCCGCGUGCCCCUGUCUUUGAGGGGUGCUCCCCCUCCCCCCUUUUGCCCUCUGUUGCCUCUGCUGCUGCCGUCGACUUCGUUGGCACCGAGUCGGUCGGCGCUGCGUCUGCCCCUAGCGGGCGACGCCGCACCGGCAAUGGCAAGGGGGGCAAGGGCGCUGGAGGAGCUGGUGGGGGCGGUGGAGGUGGGGGUACUGGUCCGUGUACCUACGUCCUGCGUACCGGCGACCGCGCUAGUGAGCAGUGCGGGGGCUCGCACUCCACCCAGCGCCGCUUCGGCCGCCUGACGGACGCUUGGCGUCACCAGUUCCCUGACGCCACUGAGAUCCCUCAUUGGGGAGAGCUGUAUAGGGUGGGGGUUACUACCUUUGAUCUUGACUAUGAUGCAAUUCUUGCUGCCAUGUAUACUGUGUCUACUAGUGAUGAGGGUGACUGUUACCUGUGUGUUCCGCCUGACCCGGGCAUUGAGGUUGCUGCUCUAGGUGCUGCCCCCUCUGGCACCCUGUCUGGUCUCUACCUCCCCUCGUUCUCUACGAACUUGGUGAGUGGUGCUGAUCUACAGGAUGGGGGGGUUGACCAGUUCACUCCAGCGAGUCAGCGGGUGACCCACUGUACGUGA